UCUUUGUCUAUUUUUUUUCCUGGAGUUUCAUGACUUGUUUGAAAGAAUCAUUGCCUUCAAUAUUUUGUUUUAAGGAGGGAGAUAUCCUUGGAAAUUCUUAUACUGUAAUUAGAACUCUUAAUCGCGGUUCUUAUGGUAUUGUUUUGUUAGCUCAUGAUUGUCAAAAUUUUCAGGUUGCGGUUAAGGUUCUUGUUCAGUCUUCUCCUGAAUAUAAAACAGAAUUUGAAAUAUUGUCAACUUUACCUCCUUCAAAACAUAUUAUUUCAUAUAAGACUUCUUUUUCUGAAAAUGGAUACUUUUUUAUUGUUCUUGAAUAUUAUCCACUUGGAGAUUUGUAUGAGUCUAUUAUAUCUAAUAGAUUACCGAAGGAUACGGAAGCUAUUCGUUCAUUUAUGCUUCAACUCAUAGAUGGUGUUUCUUUUCUUCAUAAAAAUGGUGUAUAUCAUCGCGAUCUUAAGCCUGAAAAUAUUUUGCUUUUUUAUGAUAUAGAAAAUAAUUCUAUAUCAGUUAAGAUUGGUGAUUUUGGUUUAGCAACUACGCAGAAGGUUGUUAACGAUGUUGGUACUGGAAGUAAUCGAUACAUGGCUCCGGAACAGUAUGAAAUUCCUGUUUUCCAUUCUUUUGGAGUAUAUCAUUAUGAUGCCUCUAAAGUAGACAUAUGGGCUCUUGGGAUUUGUCUUUUAAAUAUUGUUUUUUCAAAAAACCCUUUUAAGAUACCUUCUGUUAGUGAUUUGAUUUUUUCGGAUUAUAUACGAGACCCUAUUUCUCUUUUUGAUGUUUUUCCGAAUAUGAGUGAAGAUACGUUCAAGGUUCUUCAAUGUUCUUUGGUGUGUUCUCCAGAAAAACGUUCUUUAGAUGAAAUGAGAUCCGCUAUUGAAAAUUUGCUUGAAUGGACAGUUGAUUCGCAAUAUAUUGAGGAGAACUCUGUUGAAAAAAAAUUACCAAUAUUUAAUUAUGAAAAGAUUUCUACUACUGAGGCUAGAAAGUCUUUGCGUUCACCAAGUAUUGUGUCAUUUCCAUAUCAUACUCCUUUUUCAUGGACAAGGGUUCUUCAAUCUGCUGAUACAUCUGAAAAUAAGAAUAUUAAUGAUACUGAAAAUAGUAUGUUUUCAGAUGUUCCUGUAUUUCUGGUUCAUAAAGCUGAGGAAGAUGGCGUGGAAAAAGAAAAAAGGGAUUCUGCUGGUUCUUUGGAUUCCGGAUUGGGCACAAGUAUUGAAUCAUAUUUACAUAUUAAUCAGACAGGAAUUAUGGAUGAUAAAAAGAUACCUAAAAGUGCUCUUGAUAACACUGCUAAUAUUAUAUUUCCAACAAGUGUUAAAGGAUCAAAGAGCCAUCUUUUAUUUGGUAAAAGUUGGGCUGAUGAUGAUGAUAGUUCCGAUGAUGGAUCCGCUAUUUCUUUGUAUGAUCUUCCUCAGAAGCCGAAUUAUAAUGCCUAUGAAUAUGUUGAAAAUGUAACUGAGACGUCGAAUAAAAAAGGCGAUGAUCUUUGUUUAUGGACGCUUACAUUGUAA